CGACGGUGGUGGCGGCGGCGCGUCCCCGGCCCCCAGGACCGUGGCCUCCUUCCUGCCAGGUCUUUCAAUCUUUCCAUCCAUUCGUGGGGGUCCGCAAUGGCCACCUUCAGCCGCCAGGAAUUUUUCCAGCAGCUGCUGCAGGGCUGUCUCCUGCCUACUGCCCAGCAGGGCCUUGACCAGAUCUGGCUGCUCCUUGCUAUCUGCCUCGCCUGCCGCCUCCUCUGGAGGCUUGGGCUGCCAUCCUACCUGAAGCAUGCCAGCACCGUGGCAGGCGGGUUCUUCAGCCUCUACCACUUCUUCCAACUGCACAUGGUUUGGGUCGUGCUGCUCAGCCUCCUGUGCUACCUCGUGCUGUUCCUCUGCCGACAUUCCUCCCAUCGUGGCGUAUUCCUCUCCGUCACCAUCCUCAUCUACCUACUCAUGGGUGAGAUGCACAUGGUGGACACCGUGACAUGGCAUAAGAUGAGAGGGGCCCAGAUGAUCGUGGCCAUGAAAGCGGUGUCUCUGGGCUUCGACCUGGACCGGGGCGAGGUGGGCGCAGUGCCCUCGCCCGUGCAGUUCAUGGGCUACCUCUACUUCGUGGGCACCAUCGUCUUUGGGCCCUGGAUAUCCUUCCACAGCUACCUGCAGGCUGUCCAAGGCCACCCACUGAGCCGCCAAUGGCUGCAGAAGGUAGCCCGGAGCCUGGCGCUGGCCCUGCUGUGCCUUGUGCUGUCCACCUGUGUGGGCCCCUACCUCUUCCCGUACUUCAUCCCCCUCGAUGGUGACCGCCUCCUCCGCAACAAGAAACGCAAAGCCAGGUGGCUGCGAGCCUACGAGAGUGCGGUCUCCUUCCACUUCAGCAACUAUUUCGUGGGCUUUCUGUCCGAGGCCACGGCCACGUUGGCGGGUGCCGGCUUCACCGAGGAGAAGGAUCACUUGGAAUGGGACCUGACGGUGUCUAAGCCACUGAACGUGGAGCUGCCCCGGUCCAUGGUGGAAGUUGUCACGAGCUGGAACCUGCCCAUGUCUUAUUGGCUAAAUAACUAUGUUUUCAAGAAUGCCCUUCGCCUGGGGACUUUCUCGGCCGUGCUGGUCACCUAUGCAGCCAGUGCCCUCCUGCACGGCUUCAGCUUCCACCUGGCUGCGGUGCUGCUCUCCCUGGCUUUUAUCACUUACGUGGAGCACGUCCUCCGGAAGCGCCUGGCUCGGAUCCUCAGUGCCUGCGUCUUGUCGAAACGGUGCCCACCAGAUUGUUCGCACCAGCAUCGCUUGGGCCUGGGGGUGCGAGCCUUAAACCUGCUCUUUGGGGCCCUGGCCAUCUUCCACCUGGCCUACCUGGGCUCCCUGUUUGAUGUCGAUGUGGAUGACACCACAGAGGAGCAGGGCUAUGGCAUGGCAUACACUGUCCACAAGUGGUCAGAGCUCAGCUGGGCCAGUCACUGGGUCACUUUUGGAUGCUGGAUCUUCUACCGUCUCAUAGGCUGAGGCACAUCUGUGGACCUUCACACUCCCUCAAAGUCCCUCCUCAGGGUGCCAGCUCUGAUGGGGGAUGAGGGAAGGCCCUCUCUCUAAUUCUUGACCCCUCUCCAUCCUUGACCCACCCCAACACCCACACACACACACACACACACACACACACACACGCGCGUACACACACACACACACACACACACUUCCAUGCCUGUCAAUUCCCACCCCACCACAAGGCGGGAAGGGGGUGGUCCCUGCUGGAGUCUAGGGAUGAUGGGGGAUGCUUGGGGCAGCAAAGAGGGGGAGAUCAAGGGCCUCCCCGCCUUUCUUCUCCUUUUUUUAUAUAGUUUGUUAUUGUCAAAUAAAAGU